AUGGCUUCGACGUCGAAUUACGUAAGCGUGUCCCACGGCACCGAUAUUCACGUCCUCCCGGCAAAUUCGGAACCUGCUUCGCCCUCGACCGACGACCACUACGAGACCUUGUUCGACCCCUGUAAUGUGCUCGCGCAGUGGACCUUGACACAUCGCGUUCUCCACUCCCGAAUUAUAGCAGAUCUGCCGACGGACAUACCUCAGUUUCACCUGGACCGCCUUUUGGACGACCUGUGUUUGAGCGCGCCGAAGAUGGUGGAGCGGGAAAUUUGGGAUAGCGCUAAGAAGGAAGACUCGCGACACAUGCCCAAGGGGUAUAUAUUUCUGAAUGAGCUCGCGGUUCCUCACGAGUAUGAAGCCAAAUUGGCUGCCAAAACCGCGCAAAAGGACUACCUUCAUCCGAACGUGAGUCAGGACGAGUACGACGAUAAAGACGACUGUACUCACGACGACAGCGAGGCCCAUUGA